AUGUCUAAGAUUUCAAAAGACACUCUUAACGAAGCUAUAAACAACGUUCUUAAGGCUGCACAAGACAAGAAACGUAAGUUCCGUGAGUCAGUCGAACUUCAAAUUGGUCUUAAGAAUUAUGAUCCACAAAAGGACAAACGUUUCAGUGGUACUAUUAGACUUAAGCACAUCCCACGCCCAGGAAUGAAAGUAUGUGUUUUGGGAGAUCAAAAACAUCUUGAUGAAGCUCAAGCAAAUGGAUUCCCAUGUAUGUCUGCUGAUGACCUUAAAAAGCUCAACAAGGACAAGAAACUUAUUAAGAAACUUGCCAAAAAAUACGAUGCUUUUAUUGCUUCUGACACUUUGAUUAAGCAAAUUCCACGUAUUCUUGGACCAGGACUUAACAAAGCCGGAAAAUUCCCUUCUGUUGUUACCCACAAUGAAACUCUUGAAUCAAAGAUUAAUGAAAUUAAGGGUACUAUCAAAUUCCAAAUGAAGAAGGUACUUUGCCUUUCUACUGCUAUUGGACACGUUGAGAUGCAACAAGAAGAAUUGACUUCUAAUCUUUCUCUUGCUAUCAAUUUCUUAGUCUCUCUUUUAAAGAAGAACUGGCAAAAUGUACGUUCCCUUCACAUUAAGUCUACUAUGGGACCAGUUCAACGUAUCUAUUAA